GCGUCCUCACAGAUUGACGGCGCUAUCGGCUCUCUUUAUUGCAUGAGCAUCUGUACCGCGCUUGCUCUGGAUGUGGACGUGUGUAGUGGGACAGUGGGACAGUCACAGUCCGGACAGUGAUUCCGAAGACAAAGCCUGAGGAUGGAGUUCUCUGACGUUUGACAUCACUGAUCCGCUCCGCUGACACAUUUAGUUUAUUUGUUUGUUUUCGGUCCCAAAAAAAAUGGCGGCGGGGGCGGCUGGCAGCUGGCAUCCUUCACACAGCAGCAAAUACUCGACCUCUCCCACAGGCAACAUGCUGUACGACACUAGUCAUGCGUUGGAAUAUACACAGGAGCUGCAUUAUAAAAUGAGCAAGAAGAUAGCACAGCUGACCAAGGUCAUUUACGCCCUUAACACCAAGAAUGAUGAACACAAGGAGGAAAUCGAGUCUAUGAAGGAAGCCCAUGAAGAUGAGGUCCAGCACAUUGUGUCAGAAACUAGGGACAAAAUUAUACAAUAUGAGAGCAAGAUGGCCGACGAGGCGGACCUGAGGCAGCGGCUCGCAGGUCUAGAAGAAUCUGUUGAGCUGCACGAGCACAUGAAGAAGCAGGCUUUGGCCGAGUUUGAGAUGUACAGACAGAGAAUGGAGGACUCCCAGCUCUGCACUGAGGCUCACCACACACAGAGAGUGGUUUCUAUGAGCAGAGAGGUGGAGGAGAUGCGUCGGGAUUUUGAGGAGAAGCUCCAGGCGUUCAGCCGGGCUCAAACCCAGUUUGAGGUGGAUAAACGGCAAGCACUGGAAGUACUGAGGGCCACCCAACGCCUGGAGGUAGAACAACUCCUCAACAAUCAGCGGAACCAGAGCGCUACCACCACUGAAGACCAAGAGAAAGUGGCUGAGCUGCAUAGAAAAGAGGUAGAGGCAUUGAUGGAGAUCGUAGAGGAGCUGACCAAGGAUAAAGUCCUCCUGGUGCAGGAGUACGAGGCCAAGCUGGCCAAGGCUCAGGAGUACUACGAGAGAGAACUAGAAACAAUGAGGAGGACACACCAGUUGACAACAGAGAACCUGUUGGCCUGGAAGAGGACAGAGGUUGAGCUUCGUAAAGAGUUCCAGGCCCAGGAUGCAGCACUGCAGCGAUCGCUGUCCAAGCUGCGCAGUGAGCUUCAGAGAGCUCAAGACGAGGCCAGAGAGAACCGAGACAAAACUAACAGGAUGCAGACGUCACUGGCCAACGCUGAAGGAACCAUCACGAACCUCCACAAGCAGCUAGAAGAAGCCAUCCAGGAUGGAGAAAUCUGGACCAUGCAGCUGAAGGACACUGAGUAUGAGCUAGAGGGCAGCAGAGAACGAGUUCAGCAGCAGGCAACGGAAAUACUUCAAAAAGCCAGUCAGAUUGGCUCCCUGCAGGCCACCCAGAUGGCCCACGAAGCUACUAUCAGAAAUAUGGAUCUGGAGCAGAGCCGCCUGAAGGAUAAGAUCAACAGACUGGAGGAGGAGAGGGCAGCUCUUCUCAACCAGGGACAGGCAUCUAAUGAACAGCACAAACAACAAGUGGUCCAACUAGAACAGUCUCUGCGUGAGGAACAUCAGGGCUAUGAACGGGAGCUGGCCAGACUGAGGCUGCACAUUGAAGAAGAGAGACUUCGCUUCAAGGAGACACAGAUCAGAGCGACGGAGGAGAUGGAGAUGAAACACCAGGCCAUGAGGGAGGAGGUGCAGCAGGAGAAGGACAACGAGAAAAUAGUCCUCAUGACAAAAAUGAGUCAGGAGUUUGAGAUUAAACGUCUGUCCCUGGAGGAGCAGCGAGACUGCCUACAGCAGCAGCUGGACAACUUAAAGGAGGAGCUCUCAGCCAAACUCAACAUGGCAAACCAAGAGGUGUCCCACCUGCAGGAGCUGGUGAGGGAGGGGCAGCAGAACCUGGGCUCCGCUCAGACACAAAUCACAUGUCUGAAUGAAACACAGGAAAAACUCAAGGUGGAGUUGGACGCAACCAGAGCACGAGUCAGAGAGACCAGCAACCUUCUGACUGACCUGCAGGAGGAGAUUGGAAAUCAGAAACAGCAGCACGAGGCCAGAGUCAUGUCCAUACGAACAGAGGAGAAACAGAAAAUGGAGAAGAUGGCAGAUGACAUAGAGCAGAAAUGGAGAGAUGCUCUUCAAGAAGAGGUGCGUUUACUAAAGGAAGAGCUGAAUGAAGAGUACGAAGCAGACAAGCAGGCCGUGCUAACGCAGCUGUCCCAGCAGAAGGAGUUAGAGAUGAUGGCUGUGAGAGAAAGCUGGCAGAGGAAGGUGGAGGAUCUGCUGGAGCAGAUCUCUCUGUUAAAACAGUCUCUGGAGCUGCAGUUGUCUCAGUCCCAGUCAGCUCUCCAGCAGCUGCAGUCACAGUUUAGCCAAGAGAGGGAUCUCCUGAACCAGCAGCUGAAAGAAAUGCAGAGAGAGCAUCAGAAGAGAGAGCAUCGGCUACAGGAUGCUCACUGCUGCGCUCUGGGCACCAUGGAGGAGGCCCGACAGCACCAGAUCAGGGCCCUGGAGGAGCGGCUGAAGCAGGAGCAAAGAGAGGAAGUCCAUUCACUGAAAGAGGCCCACAGAAGAACUAUAGAAAUCCUGAGACAGCAGUCAGACCAGGAGCUGCAGACCCUGAGGUUUGAACUGGAGGACGAAGGCAAAGCUAAGCUGGCCUCUCUUCGUGCUGAGCUCAAUCAUCUUCAUGCCACAGCCAUUGAACAUCUCAAGCAGAUUCACCUUAAAGAGAACAGCACUGCCAGACGUGAGCUGGAAAAGGCCAUGGAGCUGAGCCACCAGCAGGAACAAGAGCUCCUGGUCCGCAUCUCAGAUUUAGAGGCAGAUGUGUGUUCACGUAGCAACCGCAUCACUGAGCUGGACCAUGAGGUCCACUCCCUGAAUGACACCAUUGACACUCUGACCAGAGAGCUGGAGAUCAAGGGCAAAGAGGUUCUCAGGGUUCGAAGUGAAGCCAACCAUCAAAUAAGGGCACAUGAACAAGACCUAGGAAAGAGACAUGAGAGAGAGCUGGGGGAGAUCAGCAUGGUUCACCACAGAGAAACUCAGAUCAUGCUGUCUGACUUCAACAAGGCCCAAGAGGGCCUCAAGGACAAGAUUUCUGCUCUGCAGAUACUGUUAGAGGGUACAGAGGAAAAGCUGAGGCACAGAGAGAGCCGCCCAGAAGAUCUGCAUCUCAUCGCUGAGCUCAGAGAGAUGGUCACAGAGAGAGAAGCUCUGGUCAAAAAACUGGUGGAUGAUAAGAAGUUCUACCAGUUGGAGUUGGUGAACAGGGAGACUGGUUUCAACAAGGUGUUUACCUCCAGUGCUAAUGUUGGUGUCAUUAACCCCCUCAUCAAGAAAUUAUGACUUACCUGGACUUGGGCACCAAGGACUUGUCCUGCCAUUAUCAUCUUUCAGAUUCAGAUGUUGGAGACUCUGAAUCUUUGACAUAUUAUCUAACUUGUUUUGAAAUAUAUCAAAAAAUCCUCUGUAUAUGAGGAUAAAUAUGAAGCCGGUGUCAUAUGAAGAACGAGAAUGGAACAUGAAAAAUAAAGAAUGCAGGUUGCUUGAUAUGGAUUUUUUUCUACACUGAUAACCAGGUCCUUGUGGCUAAUUCUCAUAUAAUAACUGAUCAUUUUAUAUUUUUUAUGUAAGAAAUAAUGAUAUGCAUAUAACCUUUCAUUUGUUCACCUGAAGAUUACAAAUCCUGAGAUGUGGGUUUCUAUCACAGUAAAAACAACAUUUCUAAAUCAUA